GAGGUGGAGUCUCGCUGUCACCCAGACUGGAGUGCGGUGGUGCUGUCUCGGCUCACUGCAACCUCCACCUCCCAGGCUCAAGUGAUUCUCCCACCUCAGCCUCCUGAGAAGCUGAGAUUACAGAUUCGUGCUACCACACUCAGCUAAUUUUUGUAUUUUUUGCAGAGAUGGUGUUUCACCAUGUUGCCCAGGCUGGUCUCGAACUGGCCUCAAAUGAUUCACCAACAUCAGCCUCCCAAAGUGGUGGGAUUAUAGGCAGGAGCCACCAUGCCUGACCACAUGGAUUUCUGAGAGGGAUUCUGGAGCUGUAAUCAAAAGUUCUCAUAGUCCACAGGGCUCAGGAUGGGUGUGGCAUGGUAGCCCAUCACUCUUGGGCUAUAGGAAUCUUCCUGGUUUUUGGCCUGAGCUGAGUGAGAUUGGUGGAGUUUUUCUGAGACAAGGUCUUGCUCUGUCACGCAGGUUAGAGUGAGUACAGCAGUGUGAUUAGAGCUUACUGCAGUCUAGACUGCCUGGGCUCAGGUGAUCCUCCCUCCCACCUCAGCCUCCUGAGUAACUGGGACCAUAGGUGUCUACCACCACACCCAGUUAAUUUUUUUAUUUGUAGAGAUGAGAUCUCACCAUGUUACCCAGACUGGGCUUGAACUGGGCUCAGCCAUCCUCCUGUCUUGGUCUUCUAAAGUGCUAGAAUUACAGGCAUGAGCCACUGUGCUCGUCCUGAAUUAAGGAAACGAGGUUUGACAGUGGGGCAAAAACCACUCAGGAUCUGCAGAUUUGUCUGUCUGCCAGGGGAUAGUAUUCCCUAGCCCAGCUGAUUGGAUCUGUUCAGCCUGUAGCACAGUGCCUGAGAGGGGAGUGCUUGGCUCUGCCUGUGUGUAGGGCCGCCCAGCCAGCCCGCCAUGCAGUUGGAAGACCAGCUGAUGCUUUUGGCAGCUGAGGGGCUCCUGGAGGCUGGGCUGGGCCAGACUGGGUGUCGGGGCUGGCCUCAGUUGCAGGAUGUUUUAUGAGUGAAGACGGUAAGAUGGUCCUACUGCCUGGGCUUUCCUACCCUUUGGGAGGGCCAAGCCAGAGCUAUUUGCUACCAAACACCUUUUUCCUAUUAACUAAGCAUACCGCCCAUCUGGGCAGGAACAAGCUGAGGGCCUGACAAGCAGGGAGCCAGGCUCCUGCCAACAACCAGAUUCCCCAUUUCUAAAGAAUGGAAAGAGCUCCUGGGAGGUGACCAAGGCCACAGCCAGCCCCUCCCUGUUGAGCACUGAAGACUGACACGCAUUACAGAGCUCUGGAGCAGCCUGCAGUGGAAAGUUGAAGCCGAGGUGUGUGGCAGGCAGAUGAGGGAGCAGAGAACUGCUGAACAGAGAGAGACUCAGAGGACGUGGUGAAGCAUGGCUGUGACCCUGCAGUUCCUCGCUUGCCUGGUGGUAGCCAUUUGUCUCCUCUCAGUUGUGUCUACAACCCAGCACCAUGCAGGUACCAGGACUUCAGGGUGGGUGGAGAGGAGCCAAGGAAGGCUGCCAGCUGACAGCAGUUAACAAUUGGCUCUAUUUGAGGCUAGUUGGGCAUAGGAAGUAUGGGCAUGGUGGGUAUCAGGCUGAUGUGUGCUGUGGUGGGUGAUAGUGUGGGCCCCACCCCCAGAACUGAAAAGGUACAGAGAUAGCCCUAAGUGCUCUUAAUGCUGGCCCUGGGCUCAUUCCCACUGAUGCCCAAAGCAGGGUCUUUUGACCUGCCUGGGCUUGGAACAAACAUUGCAAGAGUGAGGCAACAUCCCAAGGUGUGGGCUGGAGGGAGCUGCCACAGGCAUCCUCCCCUGCCCUGUCCUCGCUGCCUCACAAGGAUCUACCACUGAGGAGGAACAGGGAAAGAACAGGCUCUUCCCAAAGAGGUUCCUUGUCCUUGGGAGAGUCAUUGGCACUGUUUUAGGUGACUCUGUCCUCAGAUGAUUAUAGGGAGGGGAGGAGGGUGGGGAAGGGUCUUGUGACCCAUUGGUCUGGAGCUCUUUACCAAGGGCAUUGUGCAAGUUAAAGGAGGAGUCCUGGGCAUUUGCCAACAUGGUAACUGGGCUUGGGAUGAUGCUUUUGAGAUUGCAAGACCUAUGCUUGGGAGGGUGAAUGUCAUUGUGCAUGUGUGUGCAUGAGAGGGAGGGGAAAAGGGAGCAUGGGAUGGCAUUCCUGCCCUUUUAUAGCAUGAUGAACUGCUCGGGACCCCUACCAGGCAGCAGAGGGGCACUUCUGGGAGGUUGGGUGUUCACGGUGUAGCAUGGCAGGGGUCUGACUCCUCUCUGCUGCCCCAGGGCAGCCCAUGGACAGCACCAGCGUGGGAGGUGGCCUGCAGGAGCCAGAGGCCCCGGAAGUGAUGUUUGAGGCCACAGCCUACCCCUUACAUGGCUCCCCUUGCAGCUGCUCUGGGCUGGGCUAGAGCUGGAUGUCAUGGGGCAGCUGCACAUCCAGGAUGAGGAACUAGCCUCCACACACCCAGGCCGCCGACUCAGGCUCCUCCUGCAGCACCACGUGCCCAGUGACUUGGAGGGCACUGAGCAGCGGCUACAGCAGCUCCAGGACCUGCGGAAGGGGCCUCCUCUUAGCACUUGGGACUUUGAACAUCUGCUCCUCACCACCCUGUCCUGCAUCUACCGGCUCCAUGCAGCUAGUGAGGCUGAGGAACGGGGCCACUGGGCCCAAGUCUUCACUCUCCUGGCACAGGAAACACUCUGGGACCUGUGCAAGGGUUUCUGCCCCCAGGACCAGCCCCCUUCCCUGGGGCCCUGGGCCUCCAUCCUUGACCCCUUCCCCUGACCCUCCCCUUUUGCUCUUUCACCUGCCAUUUCCCCCUCCCCUCUCCCCCUCAACUCCCCAGGCAAACCCAUCUUGGGCAGGGGCUUCUGUCUGGCACCUGGUUCUUUUCACUGUGUUCAGAUCUCUGGGCUUGGCUUGCGACAUCCCCUCUCUGUUUACCCUGACCAGAACUUGUUUCUUGGAUCUUGAGAGGCUAAGAACCCAGGAUUUGGGUUUCAAGGAGUAGGCACAGAGCUAAGGGCACGACAGGCAGGCAGGGUGUGUGUGUGUGGACAUCAGGAGUCAGGGUUGAGAAGUAUGUUCAAGAGAUGCUGAAAAGGAAGCUGUCCCAAGUAAGGCCAGGUCAGAUUCUCCAACUCCUACCCUGGCAGUCUGUGACGGUCCUGUGGAAUUCACAGGAAUCCUCUAGGUGCUGAGCACCCCCUUUUAAGCACAGCCAAAGAUCUGGGGUCCCUGAGCCUCCAAGUUCCCAUUUGGGUUGGAAGAAUAGAUUAGUUCUAUUCUUGAGUUCUGUCUGUUGGAGGAGUGGAGGGAAGCAGGUGGAGGGAGGCAGUAUCUCAGCAAGCGUCGAAAGAACACCUCAGAGGAGAGAGUAAGGCUGGGAGAAGACCAAGGAGAGACAAGCGGAGGUGGGCUGGAGCAGGUGCGGCCCUGAUUCUGUGUUGCUCUUCUCAUAAAACGUUCUGUUUCGGCCUCCCA